AUGCUGGCUCGAAGCCUGAUCCCGCUGCUCUCGGCAGUGAACUUCCAGGCCUUAGAGAGUGCAGCUCCCGUUCGACGACUCGCGCACCAUUCUUGUCAAGGAUACGAUGAAGAGGUGGGCGGGUGUGAGGAACUGCCAGCUUGCUCGGUAUGUCGGCCACAAGACUGCGUUUUCUCUCCGUGGAAUUCCUGGUAUGAUGCGGGCGGAUGUAUUGGCUUGAAGUUCCGGGAAAGGUCGAAAGCAACCUCCAACAACGAGUGUGGCGAGCCGUGCAGUGGAGCCUUGCUGGAGUCGCAAUCCUUCGUCCAAGACAAGUGCGUCAAGAAGGUCACCGACUGCAUGUUUGGUGUAUGGUCGGAAUGGACUCUUUGCCACAGCUCGGCGGACCAGUCGGUAAGAUCAAGAUCCAUCGUCCAGCAGCCAACUGACACAGGUAGACCGUGUGAGGGUCCUACCAAGCUAACAAGGCCCUGUGGAGCGAGCAAGCAGCCAACCGCAUGCCAGUUCAGCCCAUGGCGGGAAUGGACCACUUGCAGCUCUACUUGUGGGGAAGGCCGUCAUACCCGGCUGCGGAGGAUUGAUCAGGAGGCGCUGCAUGGUGGCGAGAUUUGUGUGGGGGUGUUGUUAGAGACGGUGCCCUGUUCUCUGCCUCCCUGUGGUCGCAGCGACUGUCGCGUCACCGAAUGGUCAUCGUGGAGCGACUGCGCAGAGGAGGGACAAAUGCAACGCCUUCGGAGACGAGCAGUUCAGCAAAUGCCAGCCGGAGGAGGCCUUGUCUGUCCCACAGAGUUGGUGGUGACGGCCGGGUGUCCUGCUGCACCACCACAGAACUGCUCCCUAACAGAAUGGACGCCAUGGACGUCUUGCGACAAAACGUGCGACGGUGGUCAGUCAUACCGUGAGCGCCAGCUGAACCAGCCCAGCAGCGCCAAGGGCUUUUGUCCAGCAAGUGUGAUGAAGGAGAGCAUCCAGUGCAACACGGCACCAUGCUAUAACCCGAAGGAGCACGACUGCAUCCUGGGUGAGUGGGAUGAUUGGACUGCCUGUUCAGCCCAGUGCGGAAAAGGCCAAAAACAUCGGGUGCGCAGGGUGAUGCGGCCUGCUACGAGUAGAGGAAAAGGGUGUGAAGGGCCGAUGUCCGAGCUCUUCCCUUGCGAGGACUCACAAUGCCAUCAGCAGGACUGCCGAUGGAGUGACUGGGACGAGUGGUCGGACUGCUCCUGCACCUGCGGGGGAGGUGUGAAAAAGCGCAACCGUGUUAUCGCUGUGUCCCCUCGACAUGGCGGUAAGCUUUGCCCGCCAGAAGUCAAAAGCGAGAUCUCGCCUUGCAACACCCAUCUUUGUGAUCGAGGCUGUGUUGAUGCAGUUUGGGCACCCUGGCAGGAGUGGUCCAAGUGCUCUGCAUCAUGCUCUAUGGGCUAUCGCUCACGUUCUCGUCAGAUUGAGGUCGAGGCCAACCAUUGUGGGCUGCCAGUUGGUGGCCUUCGUGAGCAGUUCGAAAGCUGCACCGCUGCACAGCCUUGUGUCAGUGACCGGGAUUGCCAACUUACGAUGUGGGCCAGCUGGUCAAAGUGCAGCUGUUCUUGCUUUGGAAUCCGGGAACGAACCCGCAACAUCAAAGACUUUGCCUCAGGGAAUGGAAAGCCAUGUGAUGGGCUUGCGCUGAAGGUUAUAGAAGCCUGCAACGACGACGAUGAUGAUCCCGCAUCGCAGGCUUGCGGCGAACCGCUGCCGCAGGAUUGUCAACUCAGCGAAUGGAGUGAGUGGUCAAAGUGCAGCUUGAGCUGUGGCGGCGGCCAGAAGGAGCGAAGGCGUGAGGUUCAACGAGAACCGGCCAAGGGAGGGAAGGCGUGUGACAAUUCGCUGAGCGUCACCGCGCCUUGCAACACGCAGCUCUGCCAGCCCGUGGUUUGCCUGGACUGCCAAUGGGGUGCGUGGUCCGACUGGGGCGACUGUUCGAGGUGUGGGGGCCAGCGCUUCCGCCAUCGUGCCAUCAUGAAGAUGCCCAACGAGUGCGGGAAAGUGUGUCAUCCGCGCAGUGCGCGAGAAGUGUCCGCUUGCAGCAGCCAUUGCGAAACGACCAAGUAUUGUGCAUGGUCGUCAUGGACCAGUACAAGCUCUUGUAAUACAGGAUGCGGAGCCUCCGCUGUUGUCAGGAAUCGAGUGAUGGCGCUUGUUGAUGCACCAGGGUCCGAGUUCUUCUUCAAGGGUCUGGCGACUUCAAGCUGUUCUGCAACACAGCUCAAUGUCAGUGCAUGUCCUCCGUCGCCAGAGUGUCAGCCGAAGUGUCAGCCGAGGAACUGCGAGUUUGGAUCCUGGAGCGAGUGGAACCAGCCAAGUUGCGUUGGCUUAUGUGAACGGCACCGGACUGUGUUGGCAAUGAACAACGAAUGUGGCACUCCGUGCAUGGGAGCACUGCAAGAGACGAAGCAUUGUGAAGCUGAUUGCCAAAUUGCGCAAAACUGCAAGCUCUCCAUGUGGUCCAGCUGGUCAGGAUGCGAAGAGGCAGGACAAGCCGGCAACGACGUGGCAGCCCUGCAGAAGUUCCGCGAGCGACAGGUUCUGAGCAAGCCCAAGAACGGUGGUGUGCCAUGUGAAGGCAGCCUUCGAGAGACAACUACUUGCAAAGAAUCAUCUGAGGACACGGACUGCCUCCUGUCUAAGUGGAGCAGCUGGGGAGUGUGCAGCCACUCGUGCGGCCGCGGAUGGAAGAUGCGGAGCCGGCAGGUAAUGAUCCCUGCCCAGGGCAACGGGCAGCAGUGCACCGGGCCCUUGCAGGAGAUUGGAGGUUGUGGCACUGACCCGCUUGAUAUGACGAAGCCCGACAAGGCUUGCAAAUGUCAUGACUGCGAGUUCGAAUCCUGGACGGAGUGGUCCGGUCUUGACGGGGACAACCAGAGGUUUCGAACCAGAAAGGUGGCAGUUCCUGCCUCCGGUGGUGGAACUCCUUGCGACGGGCCGCUGCAUGAAACGGAAACGGGGCACGAAGAGAAAGUUGACUGCCAAAUGUCAUCAUGGACUUCCUGGUCCGUAUGUGACCGGACCUGCGGAGGUGGCCAAUCGCAAAGACAGCGUCAGGUCGAGAGAUUUCCAAAGAACAAUGGUGCGACCUGUCCACAAGAACUACUUCAAACUCGUGGCUGUACGUUGCAGGCCUGUGACUCCAAGGAUGCCGAGAUCAGUGACUGGACGGAUUGGAGCCAGUGCUCCACGACGUGUGGUCCUGCGAACCAGGCGCGCAAGAGGCAGGUUCUAGCCCUUCGUGGUGAGGGCGGAGAAGGCAUCACUGCCGACCUGGCACAGACAAGACCUUGUGCUGACAACCUACCCUGCGAGAAGUAUGACUGCGAGUGGCAUGACUGGUCGGAUUGGAGUGACUGCACCUGCACCUGUGGGGGUGGCCAGAGGACACGAGACCGAUCUGUUCGCCGAAUGCCCAGUCAUGGUGGCGAACCUUGCCAAGCCAAGGACAAAGAGGAGAUUGAGCCCUGCAACAUGCAGAAAUGUCACGAAGACAACUGCAUUGACGGCGAGUUUGGUGCGUGGUCUAAUUGGGGCAUGUGCUCUGCCUCCUGUGGCGGAGGAGUCUCGUUUAGGCACAGGGCCAUCGUGCAGGAUGCCAACGAGUGUGGAAAGGAACCUGCCGGGAAGGCUCGCCAGACGAGGUUCUGCAACACGGAUGUGGACUGUGAAGCGCCGGUAGACUGCCUCUUUGCAUCGUGGUCUCAGUGGACCCCCUGCACCCGUACUUGCGACGGUUUACAGCGCCGCAACAGGCGUGUCGACAGAUUUGGUCGCGGCAAAGGCAAGUGGUGUGUUGGAAACCUGAAAGAAACAAGGACUUGCAAUCCGGUUGUUGGAGAUGCGCCGCCAGCAGGGUGCUCCACGAGUCCCAUUGCCGACUGUCGAUUCUCCAUGUGGGGCGUUUGGUCGGUCUGCAGCGCCACAUGCGACGGUGGCAUGCACACACGUUCGAGGACCAUCGUGUCCGAAGCUGCAAACGGGGGCCAGGCUUGCGAAGGUCCGAUGACCCAAGUCCGCGAAUGCAGUCGCAACGAAUGUGUAUUGCCUCCUCCAAGAGACUGCAAAUUGGGUGACUGGCGUGAAUGGGGUGCCUGUGGAAAGUGCAAUGGCCAACGCUUCCGCAGCCGGAAUAUCAUACAGUAUGCCGAGAAUGGUGGGCUGAACUGUGACGAUGCAGACACGCAAGAGGCCACAUCAUGUCCGAGACAAUGCCAUGAACCAUCCUACUGCGUGUGGUCGGACUGGGAAGCCUGGAGCAGAUGUUCAGUGAGAUGCGGCACCGGCGGAAAGCGAAACAGAAGACGAUGGUUGGAAAUCACCAGCGACAAGUCACGGGCGCUGGACGUUCUUCUUCCCGUGGAGGACCUUCUGCAGAAGUAUUCCAGGCUAUAUAGCCAGACGCAGGAUUUGCAAGACUCACACAUCUGGGAACUCGUCUCGGCCUUCGCCGCUGGCUGCGUGGCCUUCGUGACAUUGCUCGGGCUCGUCAUCACGUUUUCUGGCAAUUCGGUUGCUGCUGCCUCCCUCUCCCUGUCAUCGCGCACAGUCUCACGCAGGCUAAAUCUCAUGGAGACGCACGCAGACCAUGUGGAUGCUGAAGGAUUCUCCGACGACGGCGACUUGGAGGACGUUGGUGAGGUUGGGCUCGAGCUCCCUCUCCGUGUCCAUGGAGCUAGGUAG